AAUAUAGAGGAAUUCAGACAGGAAGUUGCAUAAGAGCUUGCUGGCAAUCUGAGCAGAGAAGAGAAAGGCUGCGGGAGUAUGCACACAGAGACACCAGUACAGAUUGGGAUUCUGUCCAAAUGAAUACUUUUUAAAAUACAGACAGAGCAAGAAAAAGUGGAGAGAAGAACUAACCAAGUAAUUAUAAUUAAGAAGAGAACACAACCAUUCUGAAGAAUAUUUUCUCUCUUGUUUCUUUUCAGUUUCAUCUAGAACAGCAAUGGAACCAAAUCUGACAUACAGCCAGGCUAUUGAAAAAGCAAAGAAUUCACUCACACGCUUUCCUUUGAAGAAUGUGAGAGGAGUCCCGCUGAUGGAGCCCAUCGCCAAAAACUUUGAGUCUAUUUGGGCUUUCUGCCCUGACCCUACUGACAUCCUCAUUUCUACUUAUCCAAAAGCAGGUGAGCAACACGAUGAGUGCAUUGGAACUACCUGGACUCAGGAGAUAGUAGACCUGUUACUUCACAAUGGAGAUACAGAGGCAUGCAAGAGAGGGCCCAUAGUUAUGAGGAGCCCAUUCCUUGAGAUAUUCUCCCCCCCUCCCAUCCCUUCUGGCCUAGAUCUCCUUUGCAAAAUGAGUCCACCAAGGUUAAUCAAGACACACCUGCCAAUCCAGCUUGUACCUGAGGGAUUCUGGGAAAAUAAAUGCAAGGUUAUCUAUGUGGCCCGCAAUGCCAAGGACAACUUGGUAAGCUACUACCACUUUGACAGAAUGAAUAAGACCCAGCCUGAACCAGGAUCCCUCGAUGAAUACAUCUACAAGUUCAUGAAGGGAGAUGUAGGCUGGGGCUCCUGGUAUGACCAUGUCAAGGGUUAUUGGGAAAACAGAGAGAAAAGGAAUAUACUCUAUUUGUUUUAUGAAGAUAUGAAAGAGAAUCCUCAGCGGGCAGUGGAACGCAUCAAGCAGUACCUGGAUCUGUCGGUCACUGAUGAUGUAAUAGCGCGCAUUGUGGAGCACACAUCUUUUAAGGUCAUGAAGGACAACCCCAUGACCAACUAUACCUUUAUACCCAAGUCUAUCCUUGACCAUUCCAUCUCUCCUUUCAUGAGAAAAGGGGAGGUUGGUGACUGGGUCAAUCAUUUCUCUGCCUCUCAUUUGAAGAUUUUUGAUGAAGAUUAUGAGCGACAAAUGAAAAUGGCAAACAUUCCCUUUAGGACAAACUUGUGAAGAAAGUGCUGCAGUAGCCUUUACGAUGCAGGACAUUCUAGGCACUUUAGCUCAUGCAAAAGUAUUAACAAUGAGGAUGAGCAACAGCCAAAUUAACUGAUGGAAGUGAGGGGAAUUUUGUGUGUGCACUACAUUAUUUGAAAGUUACUUUACAAUGUUUAAUGUUUUAAGUAUUGUAUUUGAUAACAGUAUCUGUGAUUUAAGCACAAGCAAUCUAUUAAAUAUAAUAUAUUGAUUAUAAUCAUCACAGGACUAGUAUUUCCAGGUUAUUCAAGAUCUGCCUUCAAGAUGUUUAUUUUUCAUGAGAACUACUCUUAGGAUUUCAAAGUGCUUCAUCACAGCCACUUCCAUUGUGUAAUACCCAUCCGGAUGAAGCUCAGCAGCCAUUUCAUACUUGCAAGGUGACUACAAAUCAGCUGAAUUAGAAAGGCAAGGAACCUAUCCAAGUACUGCAAUAAUCCAGUUCAGCCGAUGUGACAAUGACAGUUAAUGGGUGGAAUUUUUACUGGCUCAAAGAAAAUUUGUGCUAAGACUGGAGCUGCCUGAUGCACACAAGUGAUCAUUGAAUGAUUAGUUAAUUAUGGUUUCUAUUUCUUACUUUAUUUUUCCAUUUAAAAUGUCCAUUUCAGCUAUUCCAUUUUAGCCUUCGAUUUCAGUUUCCAUUGGCCAAUUAAAGUUUUUUUGACAUUUCAAUAUCAUUUUUUUAUAUUUUCAUUUCAACUUUAACAUUUGAUUGCAUUAUGGUCAUUCCUAGUAGCCUAUUAAAUAAAAAAUAAUUAAAAAUUU